CUUACACUUUUUUUAAAGGACCAUUCCAAAUAACGAAAAAGUAUUGCCCUUCCAAUUGAUCACUAAUCUGAAAACUACGCCAAAAUCCUGGAUUCCUCAGUUGUUUUCUAUGGGCAGCUCUCAUUUCUACCCUGAGGAGAAAGAAACGUAGAGGUUUAGAGAUUCCUAGCUCUAUAAGCAGAUGCAGACCGCAUGAAAAAGGUACGGCGCUACCUUUUAUGCUGGCCCUAUGGGCGUGUUCUAAAACGGAACUCAAAGCCGAGUUUUGUUGUGCGGACACGGAGAGAUUUUUGGAAAGUCUUUGAGUCACAGCCGUAGGAAAGCAUGGGUUAGUCGAAGGAGCUGUUUGUGGUCUGCAUGGAGUUGUAGUGCGUCCUCCUACUUGGGUUGUCAACAGUACACACAAGUGGAAUUAGAAGUUUCUGAAUCAUCAUUAGAUCUUAUAAAGUUCAGUCUACUCAUCAAGUAUGUAGUGCAUUUAAUAAAAUCAUCUGAACUGUUUUCAGAGCUUUUGAACAGGAAAAGCACAUCAACAUGAUGAUUUAAACAGAUGUUUGUACUCAAUGAGAGGACUAUGCAAAUCCUUCACCAGCCUUUAAUGUUUGAUAAAUUUAUUCCUCCAAAACAUGAUAUUCCAAUUAUCACUGAAGAAAUGUUUGCAGUUGUACUAUAUUUACAAGGUUCCAAAUGUUGGCUUCAAAUGGGCAACAAAAGGGGGGUUGAUCCUGCAGUCUCUUUCCCAGGAUGUUUACCAGAAUUUGGCUUUAGAAGACUGGAUCCAUGAUAACAUGGAUUUAGAGAACAGGCAAGUGCUUUUCCUAUGGAGAAAUUCUUCUACUGUAGUGAUUGGUAGGCAUCAGAAUCCCUGGCAGGAAUGCAACCUUCCUGUUAUGAGACAGGAGGGUAUAAAACUCGCUCGAAGAAGAAGUGGAGGAGGAACCGUUUAUCAUGAUCUGGGCAACAUCAAUCUGACCUUCUUUACAACUAGGAAAAAGUAUGAAAGAAUGGAAAACUUACAACUGGUUGUUAGAGCAUUAAAAGCCUUGCGACCCCAAUUAGAUGUGCAGGCCACUGAAAGGUAUGAUCUCUUACUGAAUGGGAUUUUUAAAAUCUCAGGAACUGCUGCAAAACUAGGAAGAACUGUUGCUUACCACCACUGCACUUUGCUAUGCAAUGCUGAUAAAUUUAUUUUAUCAUCUGUACUGAAGAGUCCUUACAGUGGGAUAAAAAGCAAUGCUACUCCCAGUGUACCGGCCUUCGUGAAAAAUCUCUUUGAAGAAGAUGCUACUUUAACUUGUGAGAAGCUCAUGGAUGCCAUUGCUGAAGAGUAUGCUGCACAUCAUCAAAUUGGUAACCAGAUCAUCUUCAUAGAUCCAGCUGAUGAAACAGAAUUCUCUGGAAUUAAUAGUAAAGUCAAAAAACUGCAAGCCUGGGAUUGGGUAUAUGGCAAAACUCCAAAGUUCAGUAUUAGCACAUGCUUCAAUAUAACAGAUAAACAAUCUUGCUUUGAAAUGAAGAUAAAUAUGGAUGUAAAGAACGGCAAAAUUGAAAGUUGCCAUUUUGAAGUGCCUCAGUACUGGUUGCCAUCAAUCAUGUGUGAUGAACUAACAAGCAAUCUUAUUGGGAUCAAGUUCUGUCCAAGUGAAACCACUGCAGUAGUAACUACCUUGCUGAGAACAUGUACAGAUUACAAGUUAUACAGCAAGUGGAAUCUCCUAUGCGAUAUGUUGAUAACAUUAAUGUGACUUCAGUAACAGACUGUUUCCUGAUCAUCACUGAUGCCAGCACAAGCUAGCUCUCUUGCAGCAUUUUAAUCCUUGGCUGACCAUGAGAAUGUUGAGACUGGUGUAUUGAAUACUUAAAUAAAAUCUGAAUUUAAGUCAAUAUGCUACUACAAGAAACAUUUAAAA